CAGGCAUAAUAGAGUUAGUAGUUGCACCAUGGAGAAGCGAUUAUGUUUCCUGUUGGCUCUGCUUUUGUUCUGGGAUCUCACUAAUUCCCUUACACUGAUCGUUCCUGAGAAGGUAGAAGGGCAAUUGCGAAGAUCAGUCACCAUCCCCUGUUCCUAUGAACCGUCUCCUCAGUACACUGAUGUGGUGGUCACCUGGUACAUUAAUACAUAUGACGUUCUCAUACAUAGAGAUGAAAAUCAUGAUUAUAUUCCACUUUCCAUCAAUCGGGACAGAAUCACUAUGAAUCACAGUCCUGGAAAUGUCUCACUUAAGCUGAACAAAUUGGCCUACAACGAUCGAGGAACUUACACUUGUGAAGUUGAGUGCCGGCAUGUUACGACAUUAAAAAGAAUACAAAAAAGAAAAAGUGCCAACUUAAUAGUGAUAAGAGGUGAUCCCUCUACCACAUCUCCGGUUACUCUGUCUUCUUUGGCUCCCUCUCCCAGUGCACUACCUUCCACAAGAUCUCCAACAAGUCUGACCUCUAAUCCCAUCAGUGCACUACCUUCCACAAGAUCUCCAACAAGUCUGACCUCUAAUCCCAUCAGUGCUUUAUCGUCCAAAAGACCUCUAGUUAUUCUGACCUCUGAUGCCAUCAUUGGAUACAACACUACGAAAAUUCCAGCUUGGGUCUUUGUUUUGACAACUGUUCUCAUUGUACUCUUCUUCUCCGCUAUCAUUAUCUUCAUUUUGUACCGGACGAGAAAUAAAACAGGUAAAAAUGAGACCUCUCAUACGAAUUUUCAAGGUAUAGAAAUGUUCAACACGUGCAACCUGUUAACCUGGUUUCAGGUGAAAAUAAUGAGUAUGAAACAAUGAAAGAAGUAAAACAAAAUGAGUAUUCAAGCAUUCACAUGGGAUCUGUGUGCGCCUCUGGAUAGCUCGAUGCCUUAAUGUGAAGCAUAAUAUGUGGAGCUCUGCAGCUAUGGUCAAAAACAAGUCUAUUUGCAAAUUGUAUUUUGGCAGUCAACUGUACAAAAUAAAAAAAAACAAUUGUUCUGUUUUGAAGUUCUCAGAUAAACAGGCCCAGAUAUUAGCAGUUUCUGCUACUCAACACAAUUUCAAAAAUAUUAUUCUGAGAAAACCCUAUGGUGUCCAAGUUAUCUACUCCCCUUUGGAGAGUCUUUUGACUCUGGCAAGAUUCCUAUGAAAGGCCAUUGACCUGAAGUAUGAACUUAGUUCCUUUGUUUACAAAUGCUGCUCGAUUCACUGAGUAUUUCCAACAUCCUCAGCUUUUAUUGCAGCUUUUCAAAGCCCACCAUUUUUUCAUUUUGUGCAGUUGUGUCAACUCUGAUUUAAUUCAUAUGCACACUCAAAUAGUUAAAUUGUGUUCAUAACAUGCAAGCUUUCAUAGUUAUUUUACAUUUAUGACUCAGACUGAUGCAGAACUGAGCAAUUAGAACUGAACUAAUUCAUUGAAAGUGGCGGCACAAAUAGAAAGGGUCAUUAAAAAAACUUUGGCACAUUUGGCCUUCACAAAUCAAAAAACUGAGUACAGGAGAUGGGAUACUAUGUUGAAAUUGCAUAAGAUACCGGUGAGGCCUGAUUUGGAGUAUUGUGUGCAGCUUUGGUCACUUAUGUACAGGAAAGAUAUAACUAAGAUUGAAAGGGUACAGAGAAAAUUUAGAAGAAUGUUUCUGGGACUGGAGGACCCAAGUUAUGAGGAAAGAUUGAAUAGGUUAGAACUUUAUUCCUUGAAACAUAGAAGAUUCAGGAGAGAUUUUAUAGAGGCAUACACAGUUAUGAGGGGUGUAGAUAGGGUGAAGGCAAGCAGGCUUUUUCCACUGAAGUUGGGUGGGACUACAAGUAGAGAUCAAGGUUUAAGGGGAGCAUGAGGGGAAACCUCUUCACUCAGAGGGUCAUGAAAGUGUGGAAUGAGCUGCCAGAGGCAAGUAGUGCAUGUAAACUCGAUUUCAAUGUUUAGAGGAAGUUUGGAUAAGUAUGUGGACGGCAGGGGUAUGGGUUGCUAUGGUCUGGGUGUGGGUCAAAGUGACUAGGCAGUUUAAGUGGUUUGGCAUGGACUAGAUGAAUCAAAGUGCCUGUUUUUGUGCUGUACUUUUCUAUGACUCUUUGACUCUAAGUAUUUGAUAGACUAUUAAAUUUGCAAACCAGAAUUUAGGUGCCAGAAUGCUAAUUAAUUUCCUUACCUAACUACGUAAGCUAUAGAUGUUACUAGACUAAAGGUCGUUGACUUUGUCUCGCUCUGCGGAUCCUCUUUGACCUGCGGGCUAUGCCAGUACAUUCUGUUUUAUUAUGUAUUUUCCAAGAGUUGUUUGAUUACUUUUGUUAUUUUCUUACAUUAAUACUUGGUAACAAUUACCCUGUACGUUUCCUUAAUGUGAUUUUUUUUGUGUGAAAAGAUGAUCAUUUUAUUAUGUGAUUUAGAUAAGUAUCUCAUUGUGCUUUGUAUACUGAUUUUAAAAUGAAGGUCAAAAUAAUUUGAUUUUGGUUGUUCUCAUUAAAGUUGGCAUGUUUGUCAAGCUUGGUGCUUCUCAAUGGUCUGUAGUAAAAUUUCUAUCAAUACCA